AUAUUAUGAUUAUAUUAACCAUAGACCUAUAAGUUUAACUAAUAAGUAAAAACAUUUUAAAUUUGGUAAUUUAUUCAAUACAAUUAAAAAAAAAAUAAAAAUGAAGGAUGGUAAUAGGUUAUAUUGUUUAAUACUUUAACUUUUUUAAAGGAUAUCUAUUAUUACCUAUUUAUUAUUAAUAAUAAACUAAAAAAAACACAACAUUCACUUGGAUUUUACACUAUUUUAAACAUGUUUUAAUCGUUUUAAACAAUGAACAAAACAUUUAAAACAAGUUGUGUAAAACAUUGUGUUUGAAGGCUUAAAGGCUUGUACCCUGGAUAUUACUGUAUAGUGUAUAAUUUCAAUUUUCAUGGGUAGAAUAAAAUGCGUUAUCAGUGAUUCGUUAUCUAGCCUAUAACUUCAAUCCGUUGACCAUUGGUUAUAAUUUUAUAAAUUAACAUUGACAAUAUUGACAUUAAAUUUUAUAAAAAUGUUAUAGGUACUAUUCACUAUUGGCACCUACUAAUAAUAUUAUAAUUUAUAAUAAUUAUUAUACUGUUUCUUAAUCAUUGGUCACUGAUUCUUACAACUACUUACUUUUUAGACUGUAAUUUAUUUUUCACACUUUUGUCUUGUACUCAGUAGUCAUUAAUCAGUUGAGCACCUAGGUACAUUAUCAUUAUAAUAUUUUAUAUUUUCAUUUAUAGACUUGGUUGUACUGACAAAAAUUCUAUAAACAUUUUAAUUUUAAAAACCUUUAAAUAUUUCUUCUCAAAAAAUGUCCACGCCCAACUAUGAUCCUCAUAAAAUAUAUGAAAUCGGUUUCAUAGGGUCUGGAAAUAUGGCUCAAGCCAUUGGACUUGCUUUUAUCAAGAAAGGGAUAUGUAAAGCGGAAAACUUAAUUGUAUCAUCACCUUCAGAAAAUAAUAAAAAAGUAUGGAGAGAUAUUGGUGCUGCUGUAACAACUGAUAAUAAUGCUGUGUUUUGUAAUACUAAAAUAGUAUUUUUAGCAACAAAACCCCAAUAUUUCCCUAAGGUCGUAUCAGAAUUAUUUACAACAGUUUUUGGUUCUUUAAAUAUUUUAAUAUCAAUUAUGGCUGGAAUACCACUAAAUAUAUUACAAGAGUCAUUCAAGGUAAACCCUAGCGUUUUAUUCAAAGUUAUGCCAAAUACACCUAGUCUAAUCGGAGAAGGAUUUUCAGCAAUUUCUCAUCUAAGUGAUGCUAGCUUGGAGGAAAUUUCUGUAACUUUGCCAAAAGUAAAAUUCUUAAUGAGUGCUGUAGGUGGUGUAGAAGUUAUACCAGAAUCAUUAAUGAAUGCAGCUGGAGCAAUUUCAGGUUCUGGUCCUGCUUAUGCAUUUCUUAUAAUUGAAGCAUUGGCUGAUGGUGGUGUAAAACAAGGCAUUCCGCGUGACCUAGCUGUACGCUUAGCAGCUAGUGCUAUAGCAGGAGGAAGUCGUAUGGUUUUAGAAACAGGAAAACAUACUGGCCAACUAAAGGAUAUGGUAACAUCUGCUGGUGGAUCAACAAUUGCAGCUUUACAUGCUUUAGAAAGAGGAGGUGUUAGAUUUGCCAUGAUGGAUGCAGUUGAAGCAGCUACCAAUAGAUCAAAGGAAAUGGGAGAAAAAAAAUAAUAGUUAUGAUUGCCUUUUAUAAUGGUCUAUGAUUAUUAAUGUCAUUAUAAUAGUCAACUAAAUAAUUAGUUUUACUUUAAAGUUUAUACAUCAUCUUAUGUCUUUAUAAUAUAAUACAGUAUAAAAAAUA